AUGGAUAUGGCAACAAUGGCGGCUCCUCACCAGCCGAGAUACAAUCUCGAGGAUCCUGGCUCUGGCUUCGAACCUCGUAAUGCCCGCGACGCUCGCGAAGCAGCUCGUGCUGCGCGAAACGGCCAGAGCCCGCGAUACAGACGCCCUCAAUCUCCCGACGGGCUCGACGAGUAUCGUUUCCAGAGCGAGGAGGGCUCCGAGAUGCGCUCUCCCACUUCUGACGUGGCAUUGCAGGACGCCAUGCUCGCACAAGCACAGCAGCAACAACAGCGUGUCGUUCCGGUUGGUCAGGUUGCGCGAAACGCCGGGCAGCGCAGACAACCACCUCCAGGUCAACAAGGUCCAGGUCCCAACCUCAACAUCAACGGUCCACGCGGUCCUCAAGGUCAACAACCUAUGCCUCAAACAUACAACGGACCUGGUUCAAUGGAUGGUCAGCAACAGCCCAAUGGCCCCCGAGAGGGUGGCCGCUACAGACGUCAAUCGCGUCGCACUUCCGACUCUGGCGGAUCGCAUGCUGAAUCCCCUACGCGACCAGGCCCCAACACUCAGCAGAGCCGCAUGUCUCAAUCUAUGGCCUCAGAACAGCACCAGCAGCAGCGCCGCGGAGUUUCCCCCGACCGAUUGAACAUUCCCGGCCACGACAUCAGUCGCCUCCAGAGCCCCAGCAUCCAGAAGAGCGUCCUCCAGCCCCUCGAGAAGAAGAUCCACGAGUACGACCACCUCAUGCACGAAGCCCAAACGCAGAUGGCCCAGCUCGACGAGGAGCUCCGCGCCCUACAAGAACGUCGCCACGCCGCCGAAGCCCGCUUCAUCGAGGCCAAGACCAAGCACGACGAGUACGAGCGUCAGCACGAAGACGUCGGUCGCGCUCUGCGAGGGGAACUCGUUAACCAGGCACCCCCAGCCCCCGCUCCAGCCCCCGCAGUUCGCCAGCCACCCAUGCAGCGAAUGGACAGCAUGGACAGCUUCGACCAGCGACCCGUCAGCCAGCAGAGCUCCUUCCACCAGAAGCCCAAGAAAAGUGGCAUGCUGCGGAUGAGCCUGUUCAACAAGAGCAAUUGA